UGGACAGCUCCCCCCUGAACAUGUGGAACUUAUGUGGAACGAUGCAACCAACAUUUAUAUAGUCGUAAUACUCCUGAGUUUCCUGCUUAUCUGGUAUUUUAAAAAAAAUAAAAGAAAAUUGCUGGCACUUCUUCCAUACAAGUUCAGAACUCGGGACUCAUUGUAUGCAGAUACAACUGAAAAGGAUGAAGAAUUAAAAAGAGUUCGACUGCGACAACAACUUGAAAUGUAUUAUAAAACUAGAAAAUAUGAAUCUGGACAGAUGCCACCCCCUGGACAAUUCAACAAUGGCGAGACUGUUGCUGUAAACAUCACAUGAAGUUAAAUACUAAAAUUGAUGUGUAAUUCAAAUGAACUCAGAAUGCUGAAUGACGUGAUGAGAAUAUAUGGUACUGCAGGG